AUGGAUCAAGAUUUUCAACCAAUCUGGCACUAUGUUAAUGAUGAAGGGCAAAGUGAAGGGCCAGUUGCUUUUCGAGAUAUUGAUGCACUUCUGAGAACUGAAGAGCUUGGACUUUCUUCACUUGUAUGAAAAGAUGGAAUGACAGAUUGAACACCAAUUGGAAAAAUCCAAGAAUUCAUCCAAAGUUUGGCAGAAGAAGACACUGAGCUCGCUCUUCAUAUGAAACCAGAUGAGCCAAUCAAGGAAAAACCAAAAAUUUUUAUACUUUAUUAUUCUAAUGAUACCUUAUAAAUAGCUUAUCCUAACUGAAAUAAUAAAUUAACGCCCUUUCCCUUAUUUAUUCUCAAAGCAAUAUCUGAAGAAGAAAAAGUAAUCCCAAUUUAGAAAAUCCUUGGACAAAAAAAAGCAAAACGCAAGCGCCAGCAACAAAAAAAGAAAAGUAAAUGAUAUGAGCCUAAAGUGAACACUAACCUUUACGUUUCAGGUCUUCCCACCGACAUUACAGUCGAAAAAAUAAUCGAGCUUUUCUCUAAAGCAGGCGCAAUCCGUCUUGAUAAAUUCACUGGGCAGCCUAAAGUGAAAAUAUAUAAAGACAGUCAAGGAAAGCCUAAAGGUGAUGGGCUAGUAUCCUAUGCCCAUGACGAAAGUGUCGCUAUGGCCAUAUCAAUUUUACAGAGCAAAGAAAUUGAGCCAGGAUUCCGUCUACAGCUUGAACCCGUAAAUUAAACUUCUAGGCCGAAUUUAAACAAAAAGGAGACUAUAUUCCAAGAAAUAAAGUCAACGUCGACAAGUUACAGUUAAUCAAAGCGAAGACAUUAAAGGAAAGACAAUCAGGGUGAAAUGAAGACGAGACUGAAGCUAAAGGAUUGAGGAUUGUUAUAAUCAAAAAUGUAUUUGAGAUUGAAGAAGCAAAAAAAUCAGCGACAUUUUUUGAGGACUUAAGAAUAGAUUUGUUGAGGGAAAUUGAAGACAAUAUUGGAAAAGUACAAAGAAUGAGGAUUUUUGAGCAUAAUCCUGAAGGAGUGGUAGAGAUAAAAUUUGAAAAAGCUAUUGAAGCUGAACUGUGCAUUCAAACACUAAAUGGGAGAAUGUAUGCUAAAAGGGUGCUACAAUGUGAGUUUUGGGAUGGAAAAAGCGACUAUAGAAGAGUAUGAGAUAUUUAGUCUUAACUUAUAUGCCUAUAACAUUUAAUGCUGAUUAUAGAGUUGCUUUUUCUGGAGCUUCACCAUCUUGAUACAGGUUGUCAGACCAGCCUGUCUUGGUUACCAGGGCACGCUUGGAGACGAUUUUUCCGACUUUGAUGGCUCAUGAUUAAGUGAUUUCUGUCUUCCUUGACACCGUGUGAUGACUAAAGACUUCUUUGCUACUGCAGAAUUGAAGUGGAGAAAACCAAAAGCCUUUCAGAUUCCCUCAGGACUGACCAGAGAGAAUGCAUCUCCUGUCCAAGUUGCUUACCAGUAAUAGCCUGUAUCAAAUUCGCAUUACAAAAAAAACAAGUUUCAUAAUCAUAAAUGCAAAGUGUGUGGUACCCAUCGAUACCUUGCGAAUGCCAUCAUUUUAUCAUUAUAACAGAUAUUUAGUCAAAAGAAGAUGAAGCUGAAGAAAAGAAAAGAAUUGAGGAGUUCGGAAACUGGCUUGAAGAAAGCGAUAGUGAGGAUGAAAAUCAGGAUAACGAAUAA